UUUUUUUUUAUCUUCACUUGCUUCCUCAAGACUUUUUUAAAAUUUAUUCGUUUGUAUAAUUUUAGAAGCUAAUAAUUAUGGCUACUAAACCUUAUAAUGCAAAUUCUUCCGAACCCUUAAUGCUCACAGAUGAUGACCAAAAAGAAAUUAAUGCUUCUUUGUGCUUACUCUGGACGAAAUUUGAUGGAAGAUUAAAAAAUGUUGUGAUUCAAGAUCAACGCGCCUUUAUUAAUUAUGGCAAACACCAAGAAAAAAUUGUAAUAGACUUGGUUAAGUCUAAUUGUACUAUUGUUAAUAGAAAUAUAUUGAAUGAGGAGAAUAGAGUGGAAAAGCUACAAAAGGAGUUUGAUUUAAAGAAUAAUAAUACGAUAAAAAAAUAUAACGAAGCAAUAAAAAGUUUGAAAGAAAAACUUAAUGCUUCAGAAAUUCGAGCUAAUAAAGCAAUUGAAGAUUUACAAACCUACGAAAUACAUAAAGAAGCUCUUAAGAAAAAAAUAGAUUCUGAACAAACUAAUAACGCUAGUCAAUCAUUAGAAGAUGUGUCUCAAACAUCUUUAUUCAAAACUAAUGUUGUCAAUAAUAAUACCAAUAAUGAAGGGCUAGAUAUAAUACUAACUAAUGAUGUUAAGUUAAUGAAGUGUAAGUUAGAUGAUGACAUUGAUUUAAUCUGGGAGGAAUUAAAUACACGACUCCAUAAAAUGUUUGGUUACGCAGAAGAAAUAAAAAGAGGAGCAAUGUUAGAAGACCUAAAUUGGGCUCACGAAACCUUACCUGCAUACAUAAAUUGGGACCGUAUGAAUAAUUUACGUCCUAUGAUAAAAUUUUGGUUACAAAAAGUUAAUAAACAAUUAAAAAAAUUAUCAAAGCCAUCAUCGGCAUUUACAAAUCAUCCUAUUAACAAGAAUACUUCUGAAGAAAUUGAGGAUGAUAAAUCUGGUGAAGAAUUAAAUUUUAAAAAAAAAGAAAAAGCCCUUAAAAAUAGGGAUAAAAAAAUUGAAAAGUUUAUACAAUAUGGACAAGAACUUCGUGAGAAGGCCAUUAAAGCAAUUCAAGACGACUCCCAAUUAGCAACCAAUAACAAUGAUUCUCUCGUUAAUUAUAAUCGGAACUUAGUGAAGUCAUUUGAAGUAUUUUCAAAUGAACCAAUUAAGAUUAUUGAUAUAACAUCAGCUGAGAAACGGGUUUCUCAGUGGAUUUCACAAAAAGAAAGUUCUGAUAAGAUUGAGUCAGCGCUUAAAGUUUAUAAAUUUUACCACAGAAUUAAUUUAAUUUACAUCUAUGAGGAGUUCAACCAGUUUGUUACAAAUAAGUAUGCUGAUGAUGUUGAAAAACAGGAGGUCCUAGAACGACAAUUAGAACGAGAUAUGUUCUGCGCGUUACAACAGAUAGCGCCACGAACGGAGCGUUGA